GCGGGACUACCACUCAGAUCGAAGAAUUCGGUUGAGGUGGGCGGGUCUUUGUGUGUUUCAGGAAGAUGAGGCUAACUAAGGCAGAGAGGUCGGAUCGUUUCAAUAAUUUACAUUUUUGAAUGUAGGUAGGUGUGCGUUUCUUUACCGUACGGAAGGAUGGAAGCAAGAUUACAAUGACGGGAGACAAAAAGAAGAAAAAGCGGCUCACCCGCAGCAAUCUACUGGCCAAGAAAAUUGUUAUAAAAGAUGGAGGCACUCCACAAGGGAUGGGAGAGCCCAGCGUCUACCAUGCAGUGGUCGUCAUUUUCCUUGAGUUCUUUGCCUGGGGAUUGCUUACAACCCCGAUGCUGACUGUGUUGCGUCAGACUUUCCCGCAGCACACAUUUCUAAUGAACGGGCUAAUUCAUGGCGUCAAGGGGCUGUUGUCGUUCCUGAGCGCCCCUCUGAUUGGGGCUCUCUCGGACGUGUGGGGUCGGAAGUCCUUCCUCCUGCUGACUGUGUUCUUCACCUGCGCCCCGAUACCUCUCAUGCAGAUCAGCCCUUGGUGGUACUUUGCAGUAAUCUCAAUGUCUGGAGUCUUUGCUGUUACGUUCUCGGUGAUAUUUGCCUAUGUCGCUGACAUCACUCAGGAGCACGAGAGGAGCACUGCCUACGGCCUGGUGUCGGCCACGUUUGCUGCAAGCCUGGUAACCAGCCCGGCGAUCGGUGCCUACCUGUCUCACGAGUACGGUGAUACCGUCGUCGUGAUCCUGGCUACCGCCAUCGCGCUGCUGGACAUCUGCUUCAUCCUGGUGGCAGUGCCAGAGUCCCUGCCCGAGAAGAUGCGCCCAGCAUCCUGGGGGGCGCCCAUCUCCUGGGAACAGGCAGACCCCUUCUCUUCUCUUCGUAAGGUGGGCCAAGACUCGACGGUUCUCCUCAUAUGCAUCACCGUGUUUCUUUCCUACCUUCCUGAAGCCGGACAGUAUUCAUGUUUCUUUCUUUACUUGAGACAGGUAAUUGGGUUCACUUCUGACACAGUGGCUGCCUUCAUAGCGGUGGUUGGAAUCCUCUCUAUAUUGGCCCAGACAGUGGUUUUGGGUGUCUUGAUGAGAUCCAUAGGGAACAAAAACACCAUCCUUCUGGGCCUGGGGUUCCAGAUCCUGCAGCUAGCCUGGUAUGGCUUCGGAUCAGAGCCUUGGAUGAUGUGGGCAGCAGGUGCCCUGGCUGCCAUGUCCAGCAUCACCUUCCCAGCCAUCAGUGCUAUAGUGUCCAGGAACGCGGACCCCGAUCAGCAGGGAGUGGUGCAGGGAAUGGUCACAGGUAUCCGGGGCUUGUGUAACGGUCUGGGGCCGGCUCUCUACGGCUUCGUCUUCUACCUGUUCCACGUGGAGCUCAAUAAAAUAGAUGACGGGGAAGACCUGGACAAAGCUGUCAACCCCAACAUGGUCAACCCCACUGACGAGAGUUCCAUUAUUCCAGGGCCGCCCUUUCUCUUCGGAGCGUGCUCUGUCCUCCUCUCCAUCCUGGUUGCUUUGUUUAUUCCUGAGCACAGCGGCCCCAACGUGAGGCCAGGCAGCUACAAGAGGCACAGCAACGGAGCCCAGAGCCAUUUCCACAGCCCCCAGCCGGGCUUCCUGGACAGCAAGGAGCCCCUGCUGGAGGACAGCAACGUGUAGCCAGAGCCGCAGGGGGAGCAGGAGCUUCUCCACCCGGUUCAGAGAUCAAGAAUGCUUCAAGAGAAGGCCGUUGAUGCACCCAGCGGUGAGGAUCAGCACGGAUUGGGUCUGCACUCGGUGUUGAAGACAGGAAGAAGGGCAGGCAUGGACUUUGGAGCUUGCUUUAUAAUUAGGGGCGAUGGAGGAGUAGAAAGGUGCUUCUGUCAGACUGUUUGUUUGUUUGUUUGUUUGUUUGUUUGUUUGUUUGUUUCUUUUUUUCUGGCUUGUAAAAUUAUCUUCUUCUGCUUCUUCUUCUGCUGCUGCUUCUGCUUCUGUCUGAACGAGCCUAAACAAAAUCACUAAUACUCCCAGUCCAAAGGUUAAACUGCAGACUUGGAUAGACUGGGUAAGAACUAACAAAAGCCAACCUUCGUCGUCAAACUUGAAACUCAAAUGCCACGGCUUACUUUUAUAGAUUGAGGCGAGAUAAGUGGAUGGGUUCAACCACUCGGGAUUGAAAGGAAAUCACUAGAUAUGCAAUGUACAGCAGAAUGCAGGCUUGUAGUUAAUUUCAUUGUGCAUUUCAAUAGCGCAUUAAUUGUCCACGAGAUGCCAAAAAUGUUGUUGCGAAGAUCAGAAAUUUUCUGUUUUAUAUAAAAUGUUGUUUUUUUUUCUUCCCAUUUUGUAUUUGUUGUGAUUCUUUCUUUUUUUUUAGUAUAAUGCUCUUUGUUCUACCAGCCAUUUGGUUUCCUUGGUACAUUUUGGGUAAUUCCCACAAGUAAACGUUGUGAGGACUGGUUCCUUCUCUGCAUGGGUGGUUGAGCAGAAGCUACAAAAAAUCUCUUAGGAAAAAAAAAUAAUAAUAAAUUGCCUUAAAGUCACUAACAUUACAUUACCUGAAUGAAGAAUCGGCAUUCUGAACGGUUAGUAAUCUUAAUAUUGCUCCCAUUGGAGCAAGUAUAUACAUAUAUAAAUAUAUAUAUUUAUAUAAUCCUGUUCGUUUUACUUCUCCUAAUACCACGUCUUUGUAAAGGUCAACAUUGCUUUAACAGAAAUGACUUUGUGAUAUUUCUACUGUCAGGGUUAUUUUUGAAAGUCCUGCAGUCUGGGUGUGGUUUAACUGCAGACACACAGUUAAGAUUUCUACUGUUGAUCAAGGAUCUGACUGUAAAUAAGAGUUCUGUGUUGCAUUUUGUGCUGCAGCAAUAGGAAGUUAAAUUUAUUAUUAUUAUUAUUAUUAUUAUGAUGCAUUAUAAAAAAGGAUUGUAAAUGUUGUAACUGAUGUAUUAUUUAAAUUAUUAACACAAUUAAAAACAUUUUUUAAAAAGUA